UGAGCAGUAUAUAAAAAUGUUAGUAGCAGUGAAUUACUGUAGUUUUUUUCUUUACAGGAACACCAUGCAUUCCAUUAAGGCAGAGUCGCCUGUCACCAGAAUGCUUACAGAUUCUGUGAUAUCCGUCAGCCACUCUGGUUGCACUCGGGCUUAAACUGUUACUGUAUGGAAACUGUGCCGAAUAUUUCUUUUCUUCCCGCAAAAUAAGGGCGAUGGAACGUGGGGUUGCUAGUCAUAGGAUUAGACUUUGUCAACUCUUCCAGCAUUUUUAACAAAUAAAAAAAAAUAGUACUUCAGACUCCGUUUCAUUGCAUAAGUGAAAUUCAGGUAUCGUGAAGUAGAACUAGUAUUUAUAUUGAAAUUGAAAAAAAAAAACUAUUUAUUUAUAGCUAAUGCGUCCACUUCGUACUGCCUUAGAGUCACCUUUUGAAGAGGCACUUGCCAAAAAAAAAAUCUUGAAGAGACACAUUCAUGGAUCGAAAUUCCCUUCAUUUAUAAGAAAAAAAUAUGAAAGGUGCGCAUACACUUGCGGCGACACAGGUUAUUGCCCUUUUUAUUUCCAUGAUCCAGAUGUUUGAUUUGGUUGGGUGCAUUUCCGAACGCUACUUUCGCUUGGUCGAUCUCCACGUUCUGCUUAAGAUAUCCUAGGCGAAAAGCAGAAUUAGUUCGUGGUUUACUUGUCCGCUAUGUGCGUUGGAACGAGAGGAUACGUCCAUGUAUUUUGCGGUGCUCCCGAUCGGUGGAACUCUGGUGUGCCAUGGCAAAGCAUUGGAAUUUGCCCAACAGGGAACGAGAUCCUCUGACUUAGGAACGUCUACUGCAGAGGGACGCCGUACAACCUGCACCGUCCAUCAGGCAUCCAAUGACACACGCACGAACUACAGCCUUUCUCUCGGAUGGAAGCAGAAAUAAGCGGCCCAUGCGGCCCAGUCCGACGCUACCGAGGGAAGCGAGGGGAAAAAGGGCGCGAGAUGCCACAGAAAAGGGCGCCAACAGCUGCCAGGAGUAUAGAACGGCGCCAAGUUAAUCGGAAGAAGAUCCCGGCGACUGGCUGGGACGGAUGCUCUGCUCGUCAAUCUCAGUAAGUCUGCAUAGUCCUUUCUGUAAUCUCUAAACAUGAAUAAAACACUAAAAUUGAUUGAACUUUCACCAUCAGAUCACUUUAGAAAAUGAUCAAAUUUCCCUUUUGUGAUGGAAGAAGCAUCUUGCUAGUUGAUCGGAAGGAGAUCCCUGGUGCCUGACGGGGACGACUGCUCUGCUCGUCAAUCUUAGUAAGUCUCCACAGUCCUUUCUCUGACAUCUAAGCAUGAACAAAACACUAAAAUUGAUUGAACUUUCACCAUCAGAUUACUUUAGACAGGGCAGUAUCAAGUUGUACCAAAGCAUUGGAUGGUUGUAAUGAAUAUCUUGUCGGAGAUUUUACCUUUGAGGAGGAGAAUAAAGUUAACGGUGAUCCUUUAAAGCAAACAGUUGAGUGCAGCUGCCGGCAGUUUGAUAGAAUUGGGAUAUUAUGUGGCCAUGCUCUUAAAAUUCUUGAUUUGAUGAACAUCAAGUCACUACCGGCACAUUAUGUGUUAAAGCGGUGGACACGAGAAGCACGGAGCGGAACUGUACAAGACAACAUGGGAAGAAAUAUAAUUGCAAAUCCAAAUAUGGAUGCUAUUCUUGGCUACCGAUAUAUGUCCCUCAAAUUUCAAAUUUUGGCACAUAGAGCAGCCAACUUUCAAGAAUGCAUCAUGUUAGUAGACAACUCACGUGACAUCCUUGGUAAGCGGAUUGAAGAAAAAAUUAGUGCAUUCACAAGCACAUCUGGGUAUCCAUGUACGAUUCCCACAAAUGCUAGCACACCAAAUGACUUGUUGGCUAAUGCACGCCUAAAGAAAAAGGAGAUCGAAACAAAAAGUGCAAAACGAAAAAGAACUUGGCUCGAGAAGAAGCACAAGGCUAGGAAAAGGAGAGAAAACAAAACUACAUCACAGUUCGAGGAAGAGAAGAAACAAGAGGCUGGCGAAGAGGCAAGUAGUGCUGCUGGACAAGUUAAUGUUAUGGUUUAUAAGGAUAAUGGGAAGGAGUCUCAAGAUUACAAGGAUAAUCUUAGCUUCACUCAAUUGUUGAUGGGACCAAUUACAGAUGAUCUAUUUACUGGAUCCUGGUGAAGCACUACUGUAACAAGCAUGGUUUUGGCAAACUUGGCCAUUCAGUUCAGUUCUAGGUUCUAGUUGCUCAAUCCCUUUUGCCAUGCAUUUCAAAGAUAUUACUCCCUGGAUUGGCAUCUCUUUUGUUCAAUGCACCUGCAAGUUGUCUAUGCAUGCUCAUUGUACAUUCAGCAGUCAAAACAAGCAUUAUGACUUGCAAGUCAUUGUAUUCCUGGAAGGACAUGUUCUCAAAUUGUUAACAACAGGUGCUAUCAUCUGUAAUUAACAGCAUCACUAUUAUGCUCUCAAAUGAACAAUCUUUGAUCAGAACAAUACAAUAGUCACAGUACACAGAACUUCAUUGAUUCACAUUCAAUAUUUUGUAACAAUAAUCACACUCAAAUUCACUAAACUCCACACUCACAUGAUUACAAUCUGGAUACAAUAUUCAGCCACACUAUUCACUGGAAUAUACACUCAAUUCACAUCAAUUACAAGCUCAGUUUGGCAUUUCGCCUGAGUGUUGCCGCUUCUCU